AUGUGUCGGCUGAUCUGGCAGAUGCAAAGGACAUCUUGCUUAGAUGCGGUCGUCAAUACGGUCAUCCGUCUCGCAUUGCCGGCUGCGGCAAUUAUCAAGGUCGCAUGGAAGGCCGCAUUGAGUUUUGAGCGGGAAGAUCGCGACAGCCGCACGAAGGGGGUCGGCCACAUCGUCGGCCGCAUUCUUGGCCUAUUCAUGUGGACAAUCGACCACACCUUAAGACCGAACUUGGUGUUAGCCAAGGGGCUCAAGUGGCCCAAUUAUAGCGAGGCGAAGACAAAGGCAGACAGCAAGUGUGGCAGUCCGUAA